CCAAAUCACAGCUCUCUCACUUUUCAGUUAAUGGUCACUUUCUUACUCUACCUUCCCCCUGUUGAAACUCAUCGCUUCAAAGUGUGGAAAAAGGAAGGAAGGAUUCUUGGCUUUUGCGGCUCCAUGUUCUGGUUCAACGACUAUUGGAAGAACCUGUGAAAUUUCUCUGUGCUUGGUUGGUGAUCAUAACAGUGCCCGUUAUUGUGCUCUCUUAGGAAAGCUCAGAAAGCAAAAGGAUUGGAUUCUCUCUCUCUCUCCCUCUCUCUAUCUCUCUCUGCUUUAUUAAAAAAAUCAUCUGCUUCUUUGGGGUUCGAAAAGAAUGGUUCUUGUUUUCUGGUGCAACACACAGAAGCCCAGCAUUGGCGGUCCCUUUCUUGGAUCCGUUUCUUCAGUGAUUUCAGAUGUUAGCUAACAAUAUGGUUCCUCAGCGAUACAACGCAUCAUCGUCCCAAUCAUUUCGGUGCACACGUUAGUGUUUGCUUUUAAGUAGCUGGAGGUUGAACAUGGUGAACUCAUUUGUAAUUACUGAGAAAGACGUGCGAGAGGAAGAAGAUUCACAGAGAAGGGUGAGAAAGAAGGUGUGUUCAUCACACGGUGAUUGUUCUGACUUCUCCAAAACUGCUGCAAAGCGGAUGGAUGAUGACCUUGUAGUAAAUAUCAGCCAAUCACAAAGCCGGGAAAGAUGUGCGAAGGACGCGACUGCCCAAAGACCUCUCAGCUUAAGCACAAGGAUCCCAAAGCAUCUGGUUGCUCUCGAUGAGAACUACCUCCGGCGCUGCCUGGAAUUGGUUCACAGAGGUGUUUCAAAGGAUAAGGCAUGCAACAUACUGGUGAAUUUGACCUCUUCGCCUAAUUUCCAGUGUUCGGUUUCAGCAAUUGGGACUGGGAAUGUUGUCCAGAGGCAUGCCGGGCUGUGGAUUAUAGAUUCAAUAGUGGGAAGCAAGACUAUCAAUUCAAAAGACAAAUAUCAAAGUCCUCUUUUUUGCCAUUUUGGUGCACUCGGGGAUGAUGCCAAGUAUAUGAGAUCAAACCCACAUGAUGCUAAGGACUCGGCAGGUUGUCAUUUGACAGACUCUCCGAAUCAGCAGGGUGUCAGCUCGCCUAUAAAGAUGGAAAAUGAAGUGCCAUUUCGGGAAAUACUAAGCUCUGGUCUUGAUUCUAAACACAAAAGACUCAUUUCAGUUGCGAGCACAAGUUCAUGGAGCACCGAUAGAUCUUCUCCCGGUGCUUCUUUUUCUCAGGGUAUGCUCCACUGCACGUGGAAGGUUGGGAUGCCACAUUUUGUUCUGUCCAUCGAUGACCAGAGGGAGAUACUCGUAGCUGAUCCCGUGAAUGUCAGAUCAUCGAGUCCCGUGGGCUCAGACUGGGUGUAUUUGUUCUAUUCAAAAAGGCAGGCUUCAACAGAACAUGUGAGUCGUGAUAACGAGCCUCGUCUCAUAGGAAAGAUGGAGGUGGUAACGUCGAUAUUACUUUGCCAGGAGAAUCUCAAAAUCGUGCAGACUGAGUUUGUUCUGUUUGGUGGCUGGGAAACUUUUCUGCGAGAGGGGCAAACUGUGGGAGUCAAAUGCAAGAAGAAUAAUAAGUUGGCAAAGAAAGUGGCGAAUGUGUUCAGGCCCAGUCAAUCACCUAAGCAGAGAAGUGUGUCUGGAAAAAGUGGGAUUUUGGAUGAUUAUUCUCCAGAAUCAGGCCAAGAUACGCACAAAGACCCGGUUGUGCCAGGUGGGCUUAGCAUUCCAGAGCAUCAUCUUCCGCCCAAUCUUGAAUUAGCUGCCAUUGUAGUGAAGAACCGCAUGGGGGACAUUCAGAAGGAAGAAACGGGAGGUUGGGGCUUGAAGUUUCUCAAAAAGAAUGGUGUAACUAGGAAGAUCAAUCAUCCAGAUGCCUGCACUUCAGUGUGCAGCGAUAGAGAUUCCAGUGAUGGUGUUGUCAGCGUGGAAGUUGCAGUCCCUGCAGGACUUCAUGGUGGACCAAGAACACGGCAUGGUGGCCCCUCUAGUCUCAUUGAAAGAUGGAAAUCUGGUGGACAGUGUGACUGCGGUGGAUGGGACCUGGGCUGUCCGCUUAAACUAUUCAAAGCAAGAUCAAGCAACGGGUGUGUUCUAAACAUCGAUCACAAUGUGCCGGACUGCAAGUCAUUUGAUCUCUGUAUACAGGGUUCAGAGGAUUGUCUUCCUACAUUAAGGAUGACGGACGUCCGCGAUGGCCUCUAUCUUAUUCAUUUCGAUUCAGCUUUAUCACCUUUGCAGUCCUUGUCGAUUGCUAUAGCACGUAUUCAUUCUCAGAGUCGUGUUCUCCAAUCGAAACUGUACAGGAGUUGAACGAGAAUGCAGUAAUAGGAUUCUGUUUUUUUUUUUUUACCAAGUAUCAGGCUUUUUUAUUUCAAUAAUAAUAAUAAUAAUAAUAAUUUACUUUAGUUAGAAGGAAAUUGGUAAUGAGUUUAUACAACAUGUGACAUCUCUUCAACGAGUCUCUGAGAUGGUCAGUGUCUUCGACUUAGAAUGCUUUCUCGUAUGACAAUACAAGGCAUGGAUUGAUUGUAGAUUUACAGGAUUUUUGAAAAUGUAAAAAUCUUGUAAUUUGUUUCCUUUUAGAUUGGAAUGUUGUAAUUAUUCAGUCAUCAAUGUCCACCUGAUGCGAUUUACUGGCGUCUGCUGUUCUAUGAGAAGUUUUACUUUCAGAA